AUGGAACUCUCCCAACUCGCGGUACCCGCAGUCUAUGCGUUGAUACUGUUUCUUGGGUACCCCUCGCAGUACCUGCUGAUGCAGCUCGAGCCCGCGCCAUUGAGCAAGAACGAGAUUAUCGCAGCCAAUGUUAUUUUAGUGCUUAUUUUUAUUACAUAUACGCAGAGUGUGUUUGUAGAUCCGGGGACGAUACCGAAGGAUUGGAAUGUUGGGGGUGCGGUGAAGGCGGAGGGUAAGGAAGGAACGGGGAAUGAAGCGGAAGAUGUAGUGGGGAAGAGUAGGAAGUGGUGUUUUCGGUGUGAGGCUGCGAAGCCGCCGAGGGCGCAUCACUGUAAGGAAUGUAAGAGAUGCAUUCCCAAAAUGGACCACCACUGCCCCUGGACAAACAACUGCGUCAGCCACACCACCUUCCCCCACUUCAUCCGCUUCCUCUUCUACACCACCGUCGGCCUCUCCCUCCUCGAAACCUUCAUCUUCACCCGCCUCUCCUACCUCUGGUCAAACCUCGACAUGCCAUCCUCAAUGGGCCCAAGCCCCUUCCAGCUCGCCCACCUCUUCACCAUCCUCAUGGUAAACAGCCUCACGCUCUUCAUCCUCGGCAUCCUCUUCCUACGCAACGUCUGGUGCCUAGCCGUCAACACCACGACCAUCGAAGGCUGGGAGAUUGAACGCCACAGAACGCUGCUGCGUCGCGCCCGCCAACACGGAGGCUACCUGCCCUCGCCUGACGGUACGCAGCAGAUUCGCAUCCGCAAACAGGAAUUUCCCUAUGACAUUGGCAUCUGGGCGAAUAUCGUGCAGGGCAUGAAUUCUGCUAAUCCGAUCGCGUGGUUGAAUCCGUUUGAUGCAACGCCGAGUCUGGCCAGUGGUCUGGCGUUUGAGACGAAUGGGUUCGAGAGUCCAGGUACGGUGUGGCCGCCGCCAGACCCCGAUCGCGCGUACAGGAGGAAUGCCAAAGCGGUGAAUGUGGGUGCGUUUCAGUUUGCGGAGGCGCCGGAGAUGAGUGCUGAGGAGACGAUCAAGGCUUUCAAGGCGAGGCAGGCGGAGGAUGCGUUGAGGAGGAGGGGGUAUGGGGGACAGGCGCAGCAAAGGGUGGUGGAGGAUGAAGAAGAAGAAGCAGAAUAUGGCAAUACUCGUGACGACGACGGAGGAUAUACGUACGGAGAUGAUGCUAGUGAUGACGCUCAGGAAGAAGAGGAAGAGUCUGAGAAGAAGUAUGGCGAAAAGGGACGGGAAGGAGAGGCUGCAUGGCGCAAUGCCGAGGGUGAGCGGCUAAAGGACUUUGGCGUGGAUGAGGACGUGGAGUUUUAUGAUGAGCAGGAAGAUGACAUACCAUUAAGUCGACUGAUAGCUCGAAGGCAAGGUGCGUCGACAUCAGGGUAUAGCCGUCCGUAG